AUGGGCCACCUGUUUUCCAAGACCAAAUUCUCACACGCAGAUCUUGUUGGCACCUUCGAGGGCCAGCUGAAGGAAAGGUACGACAUUGUCCGGCAGAUUGGUGCGGGACGGCAAGGAAGGGCAUACAUUGUGAGGCCCAAGACGAGCAAGACAAAACCGGAUGCGGACCAAGCAGAGACGCUUUUUGUGGCAAAGGAGACCAAGGAGAUAACUGACUAUGCCUUCUCCGAUCUGCUCAACGAGUUUGAGCAUAUGAAGCGCCUGCAGCACCCGAACAUCACCAAGGUGGUGGAGCUGGUGCAGGCAAAGGAAAUGGUGAACGAGGAGUGGAGGGAUCGCCUCUACGUCAUCUCUGAGCUUGCCGCGGGGAGCGACUUGCUCCAGUACAUGACAAAGAUGAUCGAGCAUGGCACUCCCAUCGGGGAAGGCUGGGUGGCUGGUGCCUGUUUGCAGAUCAUGGGCGGCGUCGCCUACUUGCACAGCCACAGCGUCGUCCACGGCGACCUCAAGCCGGACAACUUUUUGUGCAUUCAGGAGUUCCAACCGCAGGAUCCUCUGCGAGUGCCCUGGGUGACGGUGGCGGAUUUUGGCUGCGCAAAGGUCAAUGGGGACCGAGAGUUCGUGUGCGGGGACCCCCGGUACCAGUCCCCCGAGACCUUCCGUGUGCUGAUGGCCACUCUGAAGGAAGAGCGCCAAAAGGCCGCAGCCCUGAACCGCUGUGUGGACUUCAGGGCUGACGUGUGGUCUCUGGGUGUGACACUCUUCGAGCUCCUCAGUGGAGGCACGAUACCCUUCCUCUACGAGGCAAUCCAGCUGGAUGACGUCACUCAAGACGCGCACAGAUGGGAAAAGCUGAAGAAAGGAAUCCUAGAAGAGGACCUCCUCGUGGAACCGUAUUUGGAAGGAUCAUCCGAGGAAGCGAAGACCCUGUUGAGGAUGCUGCUCGACAAGGAUCCGGACAAGCGGCCGACAGCUGGGGAAGCGACGAAGGACCCCUGGUUCACUGAACACACAGACUGCGCGAUCAGCGCGUCCAACUUGGCCAAGCUGGAGUUCAAGAAGAGCAAGGGCAUGGCGCACACUCUGCUGCUGAACGCCCUGGCGACGAAGCUCAAGCGCGACUACUACCAGGACAGCUGGAAGGUAUUCCAGAAGUUCGACACUGAUGUCGAUGGUGGACUGUCGCUCCAGGAGUUCCGAAAGGCCUGCAAGGAGCUGAUGAAAAAGCCCAGCUCCGGCAGGCUCUGCAGCAAGAGCGUGUCAGGCGCGACUGAUCGGAUAGACCACAUCUUCAAGAUUUCGGACGUGGACAAUGAUGGCGUCCUCAACUUCCCCGAGUUUGUCGCGGUGACCUUCGACUGGAAUUCGGUGGAGAGGUCGGAGCUGCAGCGGACCUUGAAGCAGCUCUUCAACACGCUGGAUAAGGAUAGGAACGGUCAGGUGAACUUGGAGGAGCUGGGCGCUACCUUUCAGGGCGCCUUGAGUGGGGAGGAGCUCCAAGAGGCCUUCGCCAGGAUCGAUGCAAGCCACACGGGCUACCUCACAAUGGAGGAGCUUGACGCCUACCUGUUCAAGGCCAUGACGGACGAUGACCUCAAGAGAUACUGCAGCGCGGCAUCGCUUGAGCAAGUUCGGAAGUUUCGGCUGAAAGGCCGGAGGAAGAGCCAAAGGUCUCUUCAGAUCGAUGUGGCCCACGUGGCGGCGCCAGCGUGUUUUGCUUUCACCAUAGGGGCUUGCCUUAUAGGUGUUUUCAAGCUCGUAUAG